AUGUUGAGUAAUAAGUUCGAGGCCACUUCCGAUCGCUUCGGCUGCGUUCGACACGGCAACGAGCUGCCAACCAUAGCGACCUUUCUGCUAGCUGUUGCUGCGCUGCGGAAGCCUGGGCAUCGCAUGUGCCGCUUGGGCGGCCGCAUGGCUGCCAGUGGCGCCGCGGUGGCCUCCGGCACGCUGCCUGAUAUGCUGAGGCGCAUGGACUCCAGUGCCAAGCGCGAGCUGAUGGCGGACCCGCAGAAUGAGGCGCUGUACCCGAACCAGGAGUCGCGCGAGAGCUUCGGCCAUUAUGUCGAGUGCCAGCCCGACCCGCUUCCGCAGCCGUACCUCGUCGCAGCGAGCGCCAGCAUGUGCGGUGAGCUCGGGCUGAGUGCCGAGGAGGCCAAGGAGGAUGGGUUCGUGCGGCUCUUCUCCGGUGACCUACGCGACGCGACCCUCCGUGCGAUCGCCACCCCCUACGCCGUCUCCGUCUUCGGCAGCCCGAUCUGGGCGCCCGACCCGUUUGGGCGCGGCAACGGGUACGGCGACGGCCGCGCGGUGUCGCUGGGCGAGGUCGAGUGCGGCGGCGGGUCGCGGUGGGAGCUGCAGCUCAAGGGUGCAGGCACGACCCCCUUCUCGCGCGGCGGCGACGGUCGCGCCGUGCUUCGCUCGAGCGUGCGCGAGCGCGCCCUCUCGCUGGUCGCCUCGUCGACGCAGCGUGUGCGCAGGAUGUGGUACAAGGAGGGCGACCGCGGCGGCAGGGACCACCCGCCCGACACGCUGGUCACCGAGCGCUGCGCGAUCACCUGCCGCGCCGCCCCCUCCUUCCUUCGCGUGGGCCACCUCGAGCUCCACUCCCGCCGCGCCUCCCGCCCCGCCGACCGGGGCGGAGAGCACGACCCCGAGCCGACGGCGGCGGAGGCGCGCCGCAUGCUGCUGCAGCUCUUCGACGCCGCAGUGCGGAGGGAGUUUGCGGCCGAGGUGGACGGCGCGGCGCCGCUGCCGCAGCGGGUCGUCGGCGUGGUGCGCGCCUUUGCGGCGCGGCAGGCGGCGCUGACGGCGGGCUGGCUGAGGGUGGGGUACGUGCAGGGGAACAUGAACUCGGACAACAUGCUCCUCUCUGGCCGGACGAUGGACUACGGCCCCUUUGGCUUCGUCGAGCAGUACGAGCCGCUCUGGUCGCCCUUCACCUCGGACGCAGAGCGAAAGUUCGGGUUCGAGCGACAGCCCGUCGCAGCGCAGGUCAACGUGAUGACCCUCGCGCGCGCGCUGCUGCCGCUGCUCUCGCAAGGCGACGAUGGCAACGGCGGGAUGCGACUCGACGAGGCGGCGGUGUCGCAGCUGCAGGCGGUGGUGGAGGACGAGUACCCGCAGCUGCUGCGCGCGGAGUUGGGCGCCAUGCACGCCGCCAAGCUCGGCCUGGCUACUUGGGACCAGGCCAGCCGCCGCCGAGCCGCUCGCUCGCGCGCGCUUGUGACACGUCCGUGA